AACGUUCCAAACUAUUCAUAAACUGAUCUUAUAUUUCUUCAAUCACUAAUUUCUAAAAAGUCACAACAUUCAUCCAAGAUCAAAUAUGGCCUCCCUUCGCACAUCCCUCACCAUGGCCAAGACGCUCGGCGGCACGGGCGACAAGGGCAAGACGAACCCGGAGGAGCUGUUCGCGGCCGGGUACGGGGCGUGUUUCCAGAGCGCCAUGAACGCCAGCGCGGCGAGCAUGGGGAUCAAGAUGCCCGGGAAGAAGGAGGACAGCGUGGUGGACGCGACGGUGCACCUCGUGGGGGACAUGAAGACGCUGGAUAUGGGGAUCCGGGUCGACAUGAAGGUUCGCGUGAAGGGCUUGGACAGGGCCGAGGUCGAGAAGGUUGUGGCCAAGGCGGAGGAGGUGUGUCCGUACAGCAGGGCGACGAGGGGUAAUGUGGAGACCAAAAUUGAGAUUGUUGAUGAGCUGUGAGGGGGGAUUGCACACGAUGUAGCUGAAAGACAUUGGAAUUUGAGAAUCUGGUUCU